AUGGACCUGAAACCAGCAUCGAGGUCCAGCCAGAUGAAAAAGAGGAGCUUUAACCUUUGCCUCUGGUUUUGCCGCUUUGGUACUUUGCUUUGGUUCUCUGCGGAAACGUCGAAGGCGAAGCAGGCACAAAUACCAGUAGGCGUAGUUGUUGAUCUCAACUCCUCAGUUGGAAGCAUGGCCAUGCGCUGCAUCCAAAUGGCUCAUGACGACUUCUAUAAACACUAUUCUCAUUACCAAACAAGACUUGAUCUUCGAAUCAGAGAUUCUGAGAAUGAUGUCGUCACAGCAGCAUCUGCAGCUUCCGACCUGAUGAAGAAUGAAAACGUGCAUGCAAUUAUCGGACCUUUAUUUUCAGAACAGGCGAGUUUCGUAACACGACUUGGGCACAAAUCUCAUGUGCCCAUCGUCUCGUUUUCAGCCACAAGUCCAUCUCUUCCUCCGCUCCGGAGCAAAUUCUUCAUAAGGACAGCACAAGAUGAUCGCUCACAGGUGCAGGCUAUAGCUGCCAUUGUUCAAGCUUACGGAUGGCACGAAAUCAUCCCAAUCUGCGAAGACACCGAGUAUGGCAAGGGUCUGAUCCCAUAUCUCACAAAGGCCUUGGAGAAAGUUAACACACGGGUGCCUUACAGAAUUGCCAUCGAUCCGAAUUCUGAGGAAUAUGAUAUUCUAGAGCAGCUGAAGGAGCUCAAUCAGAGUCGAAAAAGAAUAAUUCUGGUUCACAUGACUAGUCUUGUUGGGCCCAAAUUCUUCUCAGCAGUGAACAAGGCUGGAAUGAUGACGGAAGGGUAUGGGUGGAUAGUCACCGACGGGUUGUCCAAUGUGUUAGCCCCUCUGGGUCCGAAAGUGAUGGAUUCUAUGCAAGGUAUCGUGGGGGUAAGGCCAAGACUGGAAAAGUCAAGAAGGCUUACAAGUUUCAGAAAAAGAUGGAAAGCUUCGUCAAUUAAAUCAGGCAGUGUGUCUUCUUCCUUAACCUUGUUUGGACUUUGGGCUUAUGACACAGUUUGGGCCAUAGCCAUGGCAGUAGAGUCUACAUUUGCAAAUUAUAAGGGUAAUGACACACUUAUAGAUAGAAUCCUAAGUACUAAAUUUGAAGGCCUCUCUGGGAAUUUCAAUUUGAGUGAAGGACAACUCGAACCCUUGGAGCUUGAAGUAUUCAAUGUGGUAGGACGCAAAGAGAGGAUCAUUGGACGUUGGAGCCCCCAGAGAGGACUAUUCCUCGACAAUCAUUGGAGUUCAAGAGGGAAACUGAUGCCACCAAUAUGGCCGGGGUACACAACAAAUCAACCAACCAAGUUGAGAAUUGGGGUCCCAGUAAGAAAGGGUUUUGUUGAAUUUUUGAAGGUGGAAAGGCGGUCGUCAAAUAGCACUCCGGAUGUCUCUGGCUUUAGUAUUGAUGUGUUUCUGGAAGUGAUAAAAGCUUUACCUUUUCCUCUUCCAUAUGAGUUUGUCCCGUUGCGGAUUGGAAGCACUGGGUCCUCUGGAGGGCUUUUUAAGGAGCAUGAUGCUGUGGUUGGAGACAUAACUAUCGUAGCUAACCGUGCGGAACAUGUUGACUUUACAUUGCCGUUUUCAGAAUCUGGGGUGUCAAUGGUUGUUUCAAUGAAAUACGAUGAGAGACAAAACAUGUGGAUCUUCUUAAAGCCUUUGAGUCCAAGUCUUUGGCUGACCACAGGUGCAGCAUUCGUCCUCACAGGUAUCACUAUAUGGCUUCACGAGCGGCAAACAAACCCAGAAUUUCAAGGAUCACCACAGCAACAACUUGGGAUGGUGUUCUGGUUUUCUUUCUCCACCUUAGUCUUUGCUCACAGUAAAUCUCCUCUCUUUAAACUCAUACAUUACAUAUUUCAUGAUCUCUAG